UUCGGCACAAGAGGAGCGCUUGAAUUCCCCCGUCUCUGAAAGAGACAAACGAAUUCAAAACCAGAAAUCACUGCAUCGAGGAUAUGAUUUGUCCAGCCAAGGGCUGAAGAGUCUCUAGGCUGGGAAGCGAAGCCUACACUCUGCAUCAGCCGGGGACGAAGACAGUGGACGAGUUAAACGACUCUCUCCAACACUUUCAAGUUUGAAUCAGGAGAAGAGUGACGUAGAAGAUGGCACAAAUGAGGAUGAAUCAACCCUCACACUGGUGGUGGCUUGACGAUCACAGUACCUCUAAAAGAUCCCCAUGGCUCCAAUCCGCUCUCUCUGAGCUAAAUGAGAAGACAAAGGCGAUGUUAAAAUUGAUUGAACAAGAUGCGGAUUCCUUUGCGCAACGUGCAGAGAUGUAUUACAAAAAGCGACCAGAGCUUAUUAGCAUGGUUGAGGAUUUCUAUCGGACUCAUCGCUCUCUUGCCGAGCGAUAUGAUCAAGUCAAACCUGAUUCUGGAUUUCGCCUCCUGAUUUCAGGAGGAUCUCCUUUUGCCUCGGCCAAGUACCAGUCCGAGAAAUUCAUGACUUCCACCGAUCGCAGUUAUGACAACUCCUCUGAGAACUGUGAUGUGGAGGAGUCUGCGGAGUCUGAAGUUGAAGAUCCUGAACAAGAUGAGGAAACUGAAUUUGACAACUGCGCAGAAGGGGAAGCUCCUUUUCUGGCCGUGAAUAACGAAGUCAAGAGGUUAGGUGAAGAAGUCAAGAGACUCGGAGAAGAGAACAGGGUCUAUAAGGAUCAAGUCGAGCGGAAAGACGCCAUGCAUAAUGAACUGAUGAUUUUGAAGGAGGAGGCAGAAAGACUCAGAGAAGAGAGCAGGGAACAGAAAGAUGAACUGAAGAAGAAAGAUGCCAUGAGCGAGGAAGCAAUGAUGUUGAGGGAAGAAAUAAGGAGACUGAGAGAAGAGAAUAGGGCACAGCAGGAUGAACUGAGGCAGAAAGAUGAGGAGAAGAUAGAGGUGAUAAAACAUCUGAGUUUGGCAAUAGAUGUGAUCAAGCAGGAGAAUUCAAAGAUGAGAAACUUCAUUGCUAAGGACUGCGCCAAAAAAUGGAAGCACCCCUUCGAGUUCAACAAACUCAUGGGAGCAUUGUCCGGGAAGCUGUUUAAUGGAUAUCCAUGGAAUCAGCCCAGUGUUGUAGCUCUCUAGAUGUGAUUUACAAGUAGGCAUGCAGCGUUAUACCAAGUGGAAAUGCACCCCUGUAUAUCUUCGAAAAUCUGUAUUUAGGAUUGUCCGGUGGAAGCUUCAUACAUUUUACUAGUCCGUCUUAGAUCUAAGUGUAGUUGUGUAAUUUGACAUAUUUUCCUUCUAGCAAAGACAAGCCAGAUAGGGUAUGUUAGUGGUCCUUACUUUUGUCACCGAGUUAUAUUGUAUUCAUACCCAUCGUCUCAAUUUAUUUAUUUAUAAUGCCUCCCCACUCUAA